AUGCCUAAGCACGCAAAAAUCUUGAAGGAACUACUCACAAAUAGGAAGAAGCUAGAAGAGGUUUCCAAGGUGGUGAUUAAUGAAAAUUGUUCAGGCGCAAUGUUGAACAAAUUGCCAAAGAAAUUGGGUGACCCAGGGAUGUUAACUUUGCCAUGCCAAUUCAGGAACUUAGCUACUAGUUAUGCAUUGAUUGAUUUGGGGGCGAGUGUUAACCUUAUGCCGUACUUAUUCUUCAAGAAGCUGAAUCUUCCAGAGCCGAGACCAAUUCGUAUGGCAAUUCAUCUACCAAACAAAAUGGUAACAUUUCCAAGGGGGAUAUGUGAGGAUCUAUUAGUUAAAGUUGAUAAAUUUGUAUUCCAUGCGGACUUCAUAGUGCUAGACAUGGAAGAGGAUCACCAAGUGUCAAUCAUUCUUGGAAGACCUUUCCUAAACACCGCAAGCGCCAUACUGGACAUAAGAGAAUCAAAACUUACCCUUCGAGUGGGAGACGAGUCAGUAACUUUUGGAGUUGAUAAGGCCAUGAAGCAUUCUAAGUAUAGUGAUGACACGACGUUUUUGGUAGACGUAUUGGGAGAGGUAAUGGAAGAAUGGAAAGAAGACAAGUCAAGCGAAUUUACUUAUAACCUUGAAGAUGAAUUUGAUGUUGAAAGAGACCUGAAGGAGACUGAAAGAAUUCUUGAAGAAACUGAAUACGAAGAAAUCAUAAAAAGUUCCAAAAAAUCAACUCGACGAGUUGAAGACGUAAAGUCGGCGAGUCCGCUUGAAAAUUCACGAUCAUAUGUAAAAACUGGGCACAACUCGACGAGUCUGUUAUCUGGACUCGACAUGUUCAGUGUUCAGAACUCAGAUUUAGAGCUGAAAACUUUGCCAACACAUCUAGAAUAUGCAUUUUUGGAAGAGGGUAACCAAAAACCUGUAAUUAUAUCUUAUAACCUCACCAAAUCUGAAAAAGAGGAGUUAGUCAAAGUUUUGAAAAAAGGAAAAAUGCCAUCGCAUGGAAAAUUACCGAUAUUAAAUGAAUAA